CUGUGAUUGUAAUGUUUAAAUGUACGUAUCCUGUCGUUGUCCUUUCUUGUGAUGUUGCAAAUGGAAAGCUGCUUUGAUGCAACACAAAUUUCAGACCUGUCUGACAAUAAAGUAUUAUCAUAUGGUAUCAUUGUAAUGAGACAGUCAAUAUGACGAUUGUGUCUCCAAACAAACGCAGUGCUGUGUACCGCACCCUUUGGCCUUUUUUUUUGGCUGUGGCUCAAAUCUGUGGAGUUGACAGAAGGUAAUCCCCACCAUGUGAGGCCUCGGCCCCAGUUUGGAGGAGGCGGGGUGUGAUUCAUUCAAAAUCUGCCGGUGCUAUAAAAAGAGGGGAAGUUGCAAGUAACCCAACUUCAACCCACAAGAUCGUAGCAACACCAUCCAGGGCAGUCAUUUCUAAAAGUACUAAUAAUGAAUACUAUUAAAGCCAUUAAAAAUGCAAUAGUGUGUCUGGUGUUGCUGCCUCGGUUUCUAAUGGCAGCAGUCAUGUUCUGGCUGCUGGACUUCUUAUGCAUAAGGAAAAGGGUUUUCUUCAGGAUGAAGAAGGAGCAGGAGCAAUAUUGCGAUGCCACCAUCGAUCCUCCUCUCUGCAUAUCCGACUCCAACCGGCUCUUCAGCCUGGAGUCCCUCAGGGCGGUGUGGCACGGUCACAAACUGGACUUCCUGAAGGCAGCGCAUCUCGGAAACACAGCGCCCAACACCGAAGUAGUGGAGCUGGCGGAUCAGACGCGCAGCCGCUGCAUCCUCGAUUACGCCAAAGACGCGAGACCGCUCAUCCUCAACUUUGGCAGCUGCACCUGACCGCCGUUCAUGGCGCGUCUCAAGGCUUUCCAGGGAGUCGUGCAGAAAAACGCGGACAUAGCGGACUCCGUGGUGGUGUACAUCGAGGAAGCGCACCCGUCCGACGGCUGGGUGAGCGACGACGCGCCCUAUCAGAUCCCCAAACACCGGUGUCUGGAGGACCGGCUGAACGCGGCGCAGCUGAUGCACCUGGAGAUGCCCGGUUGUGCGCUGGUGGUCGACAGCAUGGAGAACUCCUCCAACGCAGCGUACGGAGCUUAUUUCGACAGACUUUACAUCCUGCAGGAGGGAAAGAUAGUUUACCAAGGAGGCAGAGGACCAGAGGGGUACCGGAUCACAGAGCUCAGAGACUGGCUGGAUCAAUACAGAGAAACGCUGGGAAAAUCCAGUAAUCUAGUUAUUAAUGUGUAGGAGUUAAUUCUCAUCUUUUUUUGUAGAGCUGCUAUAUGAGGAAAAACAAAGAAAUGCUGCAUAUUUUCCAGUAUUAUAACUCAAAUUAGAUUUUUCUCCAUCAAUAAUGGUUUAAGUGUAUUUACUUUUGUCUGAUCAAAGUAAUUAAACAUUGUAGGACAGCACAGUAUAGGCUCCUUCAUGUCAUAUUGGACAUUUUAGCCAUCCUGUUAGGAUCCACCUACAAAAAAAAAAGGUUAGUUCGUCUGAUCAAAGUACUUUUUGUCUGAUCAAAGUAAUUAAACAUUGUAGGACAGCAUAGUAUAGGCUCCUUCGUGUCAUAUUGGACCAUUUAGCCAUCCUGUUAUAGGAUCCACCUACACAAAAAGGUUAGUUUUGUUUUUGGACCCUGUUUGUAUGUGAACAAAAAAGUAUUUUGUGUGUCAUAAGUGUUUUUUUUUUUUUUUUUAUAAUUAUUAUUUCUUCUCCUCCUCUGUGUAAAAUGCGCCUUUAAUGAACCAUGUUGGAGAUGUGUGCGCAUCACUGUGCUCCUCAGUAUAUAAGUGAAGUUCGGUUUUUAAAAGGCUCAAUACCAGAGAACCGAUACUGAUGUUUUUUUCAUACUGGAGAUCACAAUGAAGGUGCAUGCUCUCUGCUCCUGCACAGGCGCCACGGUUUUUGUACAUAUUGUUCCGUUUUAUGGAUAUAUUUUUCAUAUAAUAAAAAUGCUUUGAUCUAC